GUCGCUCCUCUGGUCUCCGGCGGAACUCCUCACACAGCAUGAACACUCUGAUCUUCGCCUCCUGCCUGCUGGCCCUGGCGGCCGCCGAGCCCGGAUACCUGGGCGGAGCGCACCUCGCCUACAACGCCCUCCCAGUGGCCGCCGCUGUCUCCAGCCAGUACCACGCCCAGGACGAGCUGGGCCAGUACAGCUACGGCUACUCCGGAGACACCUCCGCCAAGCACGAGACCCGCACCCUGGACGGCAUCACCCAAGGCGGCUACUCCUACCUGGACGCCCACGGCCUGGUGCAGAGCGCCAGCUACGUGUCGGACCCCGUGAAUGGUUUCCGCGUGGCCGCCACCAACCUGCCCGUGGGACCGUCUGCCCCCGCCCCGGCCGUCGUGGCUCCCUACGCCGCCGUUCACGCCGCCCCCUACACCGCCGUUCACGCCGCCCCCUACGCUGCCGUUCACGCCGCCCCCUACGCCGCCCUGGCUGGCGCUCCGCUGCCCGUCGCCGACACCCCUGAGGUGUACGCCGCCAAGGUCGCCCACUUCCAGGCCCACGCCGAGGCCAAGGGCCACCUCCUGGGCCGCAAGAAGCGCAGCCCUGGCUACCUGGGCGCCGCCGGACACGGCAUUUACGCCGCCCCCGCUGCGGUCGUCGCCGCCCCCGCCCGUAGCUUCGCCUACUCCACCGUCGCUGCCCAUGCCGUCCCCGCCGUGGCCACCUACGCCGCCGCCGCCCCCGCAUACGCUGCUGCUCCCGCUGUCCUCGCGGCUCCUGCUCGUAGCUUCGGCUACUCCACCGUGGCCGCCCACGGCGUGCCUGCUGUAGCCGCCUAUGCCGCCGCUCCUGCCGCUAUCUCUACUUAUGCUGCCGCCGCCCCCCUGGCCGCCCCCGUGGCGGUCGCCGGCUCCAGCCAGUACCGCGCCCAGGACGAGCUGGGACAGUACAGCUACGGCUACGCCGACGGCAACUCCGUGAAGCACGAGAGCCGCGCCUUCGACGGCACCACCCACGGCGCCUACUCCUACGUCGACGGCCACGGUCUGGUGCAGAGCGUCAAGUACCACGCCGACGCCCUCGGCUUCCGCGCCGUGGGCACCAACUUCCCCGUGGCCCACUAAACCAAUUUGCGCGCGAUCAUGUGGUAUCUCCGUUACCAUAGCAUAGCGUCUUUACAUUUUGCAAUUCCUACAGGUUUACUGAGUACUAUAUUAUUGUAAAUAUCAGAUGUGUUCAUGUGUAAUUGUGGUGAUGAAGCUGAGACCAAGCGUUCUGAACUGUCAAAUUUGUUAAUUAGCUGGGCAAUUAUCCUGAUCUUUAGGGACAGUGCCAGAGCUAUUGCAAAUAUUAUUUCUGCUAGUUUUAAAGCAGACAAUAUUUAAGUAACCUUUUUAUCACCCAAGAAUUGGUAAAAUGUAAUUGAAAAUUGUUAUCUCACAAACUGUAAAUAAACUCUUCUUAUUCAAAA